CUCGUCGUCGUCGUCGGCGUGUCGCGGCCAAUCAGAACCUAAACCACUUCCGUGUUCCUCUUUCAUUCGAGCAUUAUAUAGGUCAAUAGGAAAACGCCGGGGUUCGCGGCAGUCGUAGUCUCCGGCAGGCUUUAUCUGCUGACGACCGUUCCACUCCAGCUAGCUAACGGCUCGAUCCACCCACCGUUUGUUUAUUCUAUUGAGUUUUAUGGCGGGGAGAUAAUUAAGAAGCGACCGAUCGAUGCGGCUGCGGAGAAGAAGAGGAAUUCGUUGGCCGAUCGAGGAGAAUGGCAGUGGAGUUGCAGAGCGAGUCGAUGGACUACCGCGUGGAGCUGCUGUCGCCGGUGAGGCUGGAGGGGGAAGCGUCGAUGAUGGCGGCGACGCCGAGUUGGAGGAUCAACGUGAACGACUUCCCCGUGCCGGAGCAGCCCAGGGCGCCGCCGCUUGCUUCCAGAGUCCUACGCAGGUUCCAAGGUAAAGAAAGGAAAGUAGCUAAAUUCUACAAGAAGCAAGGGCAGCUCCUCGAGGGAUUCAGCAAGAUGGAUAACUUGAACGAAUUAGGCUACUUAAAUGAUGCUCCCACGCAGGAAGAACUACAAGACUUGGCCAAGAGCGAAAGGUUCGCCAUCCACCUAUCCAACGCAGUCAACUUGAUCCUUUUCGCAUCCAAAGUGCUGGCUUCGAUCGAGAGCAGAUCCAUGGCGGUGAUCGCCUCCACUCUGGACUCUCUGCUCGACCUGCUCUCGGGCUUCAUCCUUUGGUUCACGGCGCACGCCAUGAAGAAGCCCAAUCACUACCGCUAUCCCAUCGGCAAGAACAGGAUGCAGCCUGUGGGCAUCGUUGUCUUCGCGUCAGUGAUGGGCACUCUCGGCCUGCAAGUGCUCUUGGAAUCCGGCAGAGAACUGGUCACCAGCGACCAUCCUGAGUUUGAUCGCGUAAAAGAGUUUUGGAUGGUGGGCAGCAUGUCGUCCGUCACUCUGGUCAAGUUCUUCCUCAUGCUCUACUGCCGCAGCUUCGAGAAUGAAAUCGUGCGCGCCUACGCGCAGGAUCACUUCUUCGACGUCAUCACCAACUCCAUCGGCUUGGUCGCCUCGCUGCUCGCCGUCCGGUACGCCUGGUGGAUGGAUCCCGUCGGCGCCAUCCUGAUUGCGUUGUACACGAUCGGGACGUGGGCGAAGACGGUGGUGGAGAACGUGUGGCUUCUGAUCGGCAGGACGGCGCCGCCGGACUUCCUGGCGAAGCUGAUAUACCUGGUGUGGAACCACGACAGGAAGAUAAAGCACAUCGACACGGUGAGGGCGUACACGUUCGGGGCGCACUACUUUGCGGAGGUCGACAUCGUGCUGCCGGCGGACAUGCCGCUGAGCGAGGCGCACGACGUCGGGGAGGCGCUGCAGGAGAAGCUGGAGCAGCUGCCGGAGGUGGAGCGCGCCUUUGUGCACGUCGACUUUGAGUUCACGCACAGGCCGGAACACAAGCUCAGCCAUAAGCAAUAAUGAUAAUCCUUGUCCCCAAUUAUAUAUUAUGAAUAUAAAAAGAUAAUUAAUAUGAUUAAAAAAAUAGAAUAAUGAGAGAAUUCAGAAAGAAUUCGUUUCUAAAAUUAAUUGACAUUUUUGCAAAUUAA